AUGAUCAGAAGGCGUGGACACAUAAAGAUUAGAGAGAAAGAGAAUUUGAAGCAACCACUCGUAUCCGACAACCCUACAUAUCCACAUGAUGAAGCAUUGCUCAGCCACCAUGCUAGCAACCUCCGCGCUACUCUUUCCGGCUUAGUAGUUGCAGACUGGCAGUUUCGCUCCCGCCCAGACCUCGCACCUCCACGCCUCAAUAUCACCAUUCCCGCCGCUCCCUCCGCUGUAGAACCAGGUUACCUCUUCGUUGCCCCCUUCGCCGGCCUGCCCGACACGCCUACGGCACAACACGGCCCGCGCCAGGCGGGACCUUACGUCCUUCGCGACGACGGCGACCUUGUGUGGUCCGGGUAUGCAAUUUACAGCAUCUGGGCGACAAACUUCCAGGCCGCACGGUGGCGGGGCCGCGACGUGCUGUUCAGCUUUGAGGGCGACCACAACGCCGGUUACGGACACGGACAUGGGCACAUCACGAUUCUGAACCAGCACUACGAGACGAUCCGCGAGUUGAGGGCAGGAAAUCACAAGUUGGUUGAUAAGCAUGAGUUCCAUGUCGUGAAUGAGGAGACGGGAUUGAUCCAGAUCUAUCAGCCUGUGCCGAGAGAUUUGACGCCUUGGGGCGCGAAACCUGAGCAGCAGUGGAUUGUGAAUGCCAUUAUACAGGAACUCGACAUCGCCACCGGCAGGCUCCUCUUUGAAUGGUCGAGUCUGGACCAUGUCUCACCAGACGAGGCCAUCCUGCCCAUCAAUCCGGGACAAGCCGGAUCCGGCUACAACAGCUCUGAUGCUUGGGACUACUUCCACAUCAACAGCGUCGACAAAGAUCCGGCCGGAAACUACCUCAUCUCCGCCCGCGACGCCUGUGCAGUGCAUAAGAUCAACGGUACCGACGGCUCCAUCAUAUGGCGCCUUGCUGGCACGAACAGCUCUUUUGCCCUCGGUGGCGGCGUCGACUUUUGCUUCCAGCACCACGCGCGCUGGCUCUCGCAGGACACCGAAAACAGCGAGGAAGUCAUUAGCUUGUACGACAACAGCGCGCAUGGGACGGAGCACGACGACGGCGGGGAAGUACACACAGCCCCAACGAGCAGCGGCAAGAUCAUCCGCAUAAACACGCAAACUUGGAAGGCCGAGCUCGUGCAAGGGUUCUAUCCGCCCGACGACCCGCGCUCCAAGAGUCAGGGGUCGACGCAGAUACUGCCGGGCGGCAACGCCCUCGUCAACUGGGGCUCGUCCGGCGCUGUGACGGAAUUCAAAGCAGACGGCACACCCGUAUUCCACGCGUACAUGGACUCGGGUGCCCUCGGCGUCGGAGUGGAGAAUUACCGUGCCUUUCGGUUCAACUGGACUGGCUUACCCUCCGAGGAGCCGGCGAUUGUAGCGCUCGAGAAUGGGGAGGGCACGACGGUGUAUGUUUCAUGGAAUGGGGAUACCGAGACCAGAGCUUGGCGGUUCUAUGAGGUUAGUGAUGAGCUUGGCUCGAGGGAGUUUUUGGGCGAGACGGAGAGAAAGAGGUUCGAGACGUUGUUACGUGUUCCUGGUCGACGGGUUAAAAGGGUUAUGGCCGAAGCUGUUGAUGCGAGAGGAAGCGUGCUGAUGGGGACGGAAGAGGCAAGCCUCGAGCCGGAGAUCUUGCCCAUCAGCGCCGGUAAGGGUCGCAAAGCACCUCUUCCAAAAGAUUUGGAGGGUAAUUCUGUUGGGAAAACGCUUCAGAACGUGAAGAGCUUCUGGGGGUGGCCCAUUCUCUGGUUUGGUGGGUGGCGCAAGGCCGAUGAUCUCUGA